AUGUCUGACCCGGAUUCGUUGACCAACUGCCGCUUCUAUGAAGAAAAAUAUCCCGAAGUGGACAGUUUCGUGAUGGUGAACGUGAAGCAGAUAGCGGAAAUGGGCGCCUACGUCAAGCUUCUGGAAUACGAUAACAUCGACGGCAUGAUCCUCCUCUCAGAACUCUCGCGAAGACGUAUUAGGUCGAUACAGAAACUCAUCAGAAUUGGCCGAAAUGAGGUGGUGGUUGUGCUGAGAGUGGACAAGGAGAAGGGGUAUAUCGAUCUGUCGAAACGAAGAGUGUCCGCCGAAGAUAUCGUCCGAUGCGAAGAGAGAUACAACAAAAGCAAGUCGGUUCAUUCAAUUAUGCGCCACGUCGCCGAAAAGACGAAAGUUCCCAUCCUAAAGUUGUAUGAAGAUAUCGGCUGGCCGCUCAACCGAAAAUACGGACACGCCUACGACGCCUUCAAGCUGUCGAUCACCAACCCAGAAGUCUGGAACGAUGUUACCUUCCCGAACGAUGUUGUCAAGGAGGAAUUCCACUCAUACAUUGGCAAGAAGCUGACGCCGCACCCGACCAAGGUACGUGCCGAUGUUGAGGUGACAUGCUUCAAGUACGACGGCAUCGACGCUGUGAAAGAAGCUUUGAGGAAAGCCGAAGCCAGGAACAACCCCACCACGCAAGUCCGGGUCAAGCUUGUGUCUCCGCCCCAUUACGUCUUGACAAGUCAAUGUUUAGACAAGAACCAGGGCAUUGAGCUGUUGGAGCAGGCGAUCAAGGAUAUUGAGGAGACGAUUGAGAAGGCCGGUGGCAGCUGUGUGACCAAGAUGGCGCCCAAAGCUGUGACUGAGCAUGAUGAUGCUGAGCUGCAGGCCCUGAUGGACAAGAGGGCCAAGGAGAAUGAGGAAGUCAGCGGCGAUGAAGACAUCAGCGAGAGUGACGAAGGCCCGGAGGUUGCAUAA